AAUUUUUUAUAUCUAUAAAAAAAACUUACUAUUAAACUAUAUUAGAUAAUUUGCUAGGUUUUUUUUUUCUUUUUUUCUUCUGUUUCGUAGCCGAGAAAAUCUCCGAGGUGAUUGAAGGAUUUAAAGAAUGGAUUCCCAAAUCAAGCAUGCUGUGGUGGUGAAGGUUGUUGGUCGUACUGGAUCGAGGGGGCAGGUGACUCAAGUGAGGGUGAGGUUUACUGAUGACCCAAACCGAUUCAUCAUGAGGAAUGUGAAGGGACCAGUCAGGGAGGGUGAUGUCCUCACCCUGCUCGAGUCUGAGAGAGAAGCAAGGAGACUUCGUUGAUGCCUCUAUGUUUGCUGUUUCUCACCAUGUGGUGCCAUGAGUUACGUUAUUUUUAAGUUUCCUUUUCUUCCUGAGUGAUGUGAGCCGAAAUUUUGAGUGCCUAUAAACUGUGUUGUGUUGGAUGAUUUAAACCUUUUGUUUAGGCAAAGGACUAAGUUGGUGGUAUUUUAACUUGAUUAUUGGUUCCUUGUGAACUAAAUUGUGGUAUCUUGUGACUUCUUUCUAAGACAAAAAAUGAAUGCUUCCUUCCAUU